CGCGCGCGCACACAUUGAGUUAACGAAAGGUCACGUAUUGUUUGCAAGAAAAGAAAAAUGAGAGAAAUCUGUCGAUUUCCGUAGGAUUAGAAGAGUUGGCAGGAGAAAGGCAAGAAUGGAUGACUUUGAAUACUCCGAAACGGCCUCGUCUCUGGGGAUUUAUUUGAUCUCUUCUUCUCUUCCCCCUUCGUAUUCUCUCUCAAAAUUUAUUAUUAUUUAUUGACAAACGCAUCGGUUCUUGCUUCUUUUUCUAUUGGAUUUUUUUGGUACAAGAGAUAGCGACCCAGAUCGAGUUUUGAAGUGGAAAUAACUGUUGUUCUUGAUGCUUAUUGGUAAUUGUAAGGACUGGCUUUUAGAAGUUCACGAGGAUAUCAAUUAUCAAUUUAUCCUUGCAAAACCAACUGAGUUUUGACAGAGAGUUGGGAGAAGGACCUGUUUAGGUUUCAAAAGUUUGUGAUGGCUGGUGAGCAAGAUCAGUUUGAGGUCAGAUUCCGCUUGACGGAUGGAUCAGAUAUUGGUCCCAAAAGUUUUUCUGCUGCUACAAAUGUUGCAACCUUAAAGGAAAGCGUCCUUGCUCAAUGGCCUAAAGAAAAGGAGAAUGGUCCUAGAACGGUCAAAGAUGUGAAGUUAAUAAGUGCAGGAAAAAUAUUGGAAAAUAGCAGAACACUGGGGGAAUGCCGAAGUCCACUAUGUGAUAUGCCUGGUGGGGUUACAACCAUGCAUGUUGUCGUGCAACCACGUAUGGAGAAAGAAAAGAAUGCAAUGACCCAACCAAAGCAAAACAAGUGUGUCUGCACUAUAUUAUGACUGUACUUCCGAGUUCAGGGAUUGCCUGAUUUUGAGGGGGUAGAGAGUUAUUGGAGCUUGUAAAGGACAUUUAUGCUGUUGAAAUGGCCGAUUGAAGAGAGACUAUGGCAUUCAAAAUCUGAAGUUGGGUCGAUCAUUUCACUCUUUUGCGGGAUCGGAACCUCAGAAGUGAUCUGUAUUUUGUGUCAAUGUAAAUGUUACAAGCACAAACCUUCAAAUUAAGGUGCAUGAUUAUGUCAUUUGUGUAUGAAGUACAGAUUUUUUUUUGUGUACUUGUUGAUGGGCUUGGUUGACUGUAGUUGCAGGCCAUACUGAGCCCACAAUUUGCAGCCGCUGAAUACAGGUCCAUGAUUACUCCAUGUUCUUA